AUGAGUUUAAUGCGUCUGAGUUUAAUAUUCACAAUAAUAGGCAUAAUUGGCAUAACUGCCCAUGUUGAGUUCAACAAUGUAAAGUGCUCGACUAAGAGCCCAGAUUUUCUCAAUUUCGAAUAUUGCUUUCUCAAAUCCAUAAAUCGAACCUACAAAUAUUUGUCGAUCAAAUGUCAUUUCUCUCAGUUGCCCAUUACGAAUGCUUGGAUGACAUACAAGGUUAUAAAGCGUGACAGCAGGAACAUCUUUGAACGAUUUAAUGCCACGAUAGAUGUCUGCAAAUUUAUGAAAGAUCGCGGCAAUCAACUUGCCAACAUUAUAUUCAACGCAUUUGCAGAUUAUACAAAUAUUAAUCACACCUGUCCCUUAAAUCACGAUGUUAUAUUGGAAAAACUGCCAGUUCAGCAUGUGAACAAUAUGGUAGGGAAUAUAUUUCCUAAUGGCCGCUAUAUAUUGAAUCUAACCUAUUAUAUAUCCCAUAUUCCUCGAUCCGAGGUCAUUGUGUACCUAACCAAAUCGUAAAAUUGUGUAAAUGUUGAAUUGUCAAUUCCUCAAUAUGUAAACCUGUUUGUAAAUUGCCAAAAACAACUCUCAAAAUUGUCAGUUUAAAAAAGUUGUUUAUGUUACACAGACAA